AUGAUCAACCAAGUACGAAAUGCUUAUCAAUAUCUAUUGAGAUUGAAUUUAUACGAAAAUGAAACUAAUGAUGAACAUGAAAAGAGAAAUGAACUUCUAUCAACUAGAAUAUUUAUAAUUCUUCUUCUACUGACGUUAUUAUUAUAUAUUUUAUAUGCAUCAUUACCAAGUCAAACAAAUAGUUUUACAAUUUCUAAACCAACACAAAUGCAAUAUGAACAAUUACGAUUCAAACAUUCAAUUAGUUUAAAAUGUCCAUGUAAAGAUUUAUCUACUCCAUAUAAACAAUUCAUUGAUGUAAAAAUGGAAUAUUAUGAAAUUUGUUCAUCGGAUUUUGUUAAACAAGAAUGGAUUGAUUAUUUCUUCGGAGAACAUAUAAGUUUUUAUCAUCCGUUUGAUUUUCGUCGUAGUGCAGCAUUUAAAUUUCAACUUCUUCGAACCUUAUGUCAACAAUCUCAACAAACAAUUGAAAAAUAUCUUGAAGAUUUUUAUUCAAAUUCUUUGAUUUCAAAUGAACCUAUUUCAUCAGAUGAAUUUCAUAUUCAAGCCAAUUAUUCCGUCGGAUUAUUUCAAAAAACAACAAUCUCUUCUUUUGAAAAGUUAAUUAACUUAACUGAAAAUAUAGUGUGUAUGAAUAUUUUAUUAGCAGCAGUCGACACGCGUUUUUUUACCCAAAAUUAUAUAGAUCAACCAUUUGCGCCCAUCUGUUACAAAACACCAAAAAUUCCAAAACUAAAUUUAAUUUGUGAUGCUGUGAAUGAGACGUGGCGUGUAUAUCCGGAGGGCAUCUAUGACCAUAUAGAUCUUUAUGAUUAUUCUGAAUGUGAUUCUAAUCAAAAUGAUAAAAAUAAUAUUUCUAUUUUCAUAGUACCUGGAAUGUUUGCAUCGACUUCACUAAUGCAAUCAUUGAUGCAUUCAACAUUAGAAUGUUUAUUUGAACAAUUAUGUUUAGAUAAAAUUAGUUUGCAUGUUAAGAAAGCAUCAAUUUCAAAAAAGCAAUUUUCAAGCUUAAAACAAGAUGUCUCAACAGAAAAGAAAACAAUCAAAGAAUUAUCAAACGCAUUAUUUGUAAAAGAAUGGAUUGUUAUUUCGUCGUAUGAAAACUAUUUUAAUUAUUGUCAGCCUUUGUAUUGUCAAUAUCUUGAUGAACAAAGAAAUAGUUUUGUCUAUAUUUUCACAACAACUAUUAGUUUAUUCAGUGGACUGAAAUUAAUUCUUCCAUGGAUUGUCUUAUAUGUUAUCCAAUUUAUUCGGAUGAAGGAAUCACAAGAACGAUCGACAGAUACUGACAAUCAUACUAUUACAAUGUCAAUAAGAAUUCGCGUAUUGGCAUUAUUGAAAACAAUCAAAAGCUUGAUUAUAAAUCUAAAUCUAUUCAAUAGUUACUCAACAGAUGAACAUAAAAAAAGAAAUGAAAUUUUAUCAACAAGAAUUUACUUAUUUGUAUUGAUUAUUUCUCUAAUUUUGUUUACUAUUUAUAUAUCAUCUGAUACACAAACGAACGCUUUAUCUUUUAAAAGUCCGACACAAAUUCAAUAUGAACAAUUACAUAAUAAUUCUUUUCAUCAUCUUAAAUGUCCCUGUUCACAUAUCUCAACUAAAUAUGGUGAAUUUAUUAAAUUUCGGCCAACUUAUCAUCAAAUAUGUUCAAGUAGUUUUACUUCAUCAAUGUGGAGGAAAGCUGGGAUUAUGUGGAUCAACGGAGCACGAUGCGUUCGUCCAGACUUUUCUAAAUCGGCACGUUUGUAUUUUCGACAUUUAUCAGAAUAUUGUCGAAUAUCAAACGAAACCAUAUGGGAUGAAUUAACACAAUUUUAUGAUAUGGAAUAUAUAACAUAUGGAGUUAUUCACGUAAAACAAUUUAAGAGUGAAAUCGAACCAUCUGUUAACAAUUUGAAAAUACGAAUACAAAAAUCGUUGACAAUAAAGUUGAAUAUCAUUCGAAGUAUUAUUUUUGAUAAUCAGUUAAAACCUCUGCAAAGACGUGUUAGCGAUGUUGUGUUCAAUCCGAAUAUCAUUGUCGAAUAUUUGCCAAAAGAUUAUGAAGGUUGUUCAUGUCGGACUGAUUCAACAUGUCAAAGAACAAUGUAUUUCUGUCAAAAUGAUACGUUCACUUAUAUACGAAAUAUUUCUAUGGGUUGUUACAUAUUAGAAUCAUUAUUCUUAUCAUCAAUAUCAUGUUUUUAUGAUCAAAACUGUACAGAUAUAAUCAAAAGACAUUUAGAUAAAAACUAUCCAUAUAAUCCAGAAUUACAACCAUUGAAUAUUUUUGAAGAAAGUCAAUAUGAAAACAAUGUAACUAUAGAAACAUUAAUAGGUAAUCUAUUUAUUGAAGAAUGGAAUGAUUUUUAUGAUUAUGAUAAAUAUUAUAAGUCUUGUCAACCGUUAUCCUGUUCAUAUGAAAUUGAAGAACGACCAAGUUUUCUAUAUAUAUUAACAAGAUUAAUUUCUAUAUAUAGUGGAUUAACAAUUAUCCUUAAAAUUUUAUUACCAAAUAUUGUUCGUUUAUUUCGAAGAAAAAAACAACCAUCAACAGGUAUGUAUGAAUUCUAUUCAUAA